CACUGGCGGAGGCCGCUGCUGGCCACGCCCCCCGAGCGGGAGCGGGGAAGGCUCCGCAGCGGGGCCCUCCCGUGUCUGGCUGCGGGGCGGUACCGCAGCUCCUGGCGGGAGGGACGGCGCGGGUUGUCCCCGUGAGCGCCACGGGGCGAACCUUCGGCCGUGUCUGUCGAUCCCCUGGCCCGGCCGUCGCGCCGGGCACGGAGCGGUUGCGGGCACAUGGCGCGCUGCGGCGGCGGCGGUGCUGCGCCGAAAGGCCCCGGCCCGGCGGCGGUGGAGCGGCAGCAGCUGAAGGCGGCGCUGGCCGAGCAGCUCCGGCAUGAUCUCGGCAGGCUGCUGGCGGAGGGGGCGUGCUCCGACGUGACCAUCUGUGCGGGCCCCGCCGCGCUGCGGGCACACCGGGCCGUGCUGCUGGCGCGGGCGCCAAGGCUGUUCGCCGCGGUGGGCGCCGGGCGGCCGCCCCGAGAGGUGCUGCGCAUGGACGGCGUAGAGCCCGCAGAGUGCCGGCGCUUCCUGCGGCUUGUAUAUUCAUCUGAUAAAAACCUCCAAGAAGCUGAAGAGCCAGCUAUGAUUAAAAAAGUACUGGAACCCAAGUUAGUACAGGAACACAACACUGCUACUCUUCAGAACACUCAAACAAAUGUAAAUUGUCUUGGAGCUAGCAUAAAACCACCUGUUGAUCAGGAUGCUCCAAGUGGAGCUGUGCAGAAAGAAGUUGCUUCUUCACCUUCUAUUGAAGAGGAACUUCCAGAAGUAGCCAGUGAUGCAGAAAGCAACAAAACCACGGCAGGUAAUGCCAAACUAGAAACUGCUUCUGUGUUAGGCGAAGAUUUAAUGAUGCUCUACAAGAAGUGCCGUUGCCCAGAUAUUAGUAUUUGUGUAGAAGGCAAAGAGUUUCAAGCUCACAGGGCCAUUUUAUGUGCCAGAUCUAGUUACUUUGCUGCUAUGCUGAGUGGAAGUUGGGCUGAAAGCUCCCAAGAGCGCAUCACUCUUCAAGGCAUAAGCCAUGUAGAAAUGAGUGUCAUCUUGCAUUUUAUAUAUGGAGGUAUUUUGGACUUCCCAGACAAAGUUGAUGUUGGCCGCAUGCUGGGCAUUGCAGAUAUGUAUGGCCUCGAUGGGCUGAAAGAAGUAGCUAUUUACAUUUUGAAACGAGAUUACUGCAAUUUCUUCCAAAAGCCUGUUCCUGGAAAACACCAACCUGUACUAGAAUGCAUGGCUAUUGCUCACUCACUGGGAGUGGAAAACCUAUAUGCUGCUUGCAUGAAAUGGGUAGGAAAACAUUUUGCGAAAUGUUUGUCAGAGAGAAGCUUUGCCAGUUUACCUACUGAACUUCAGAACAACUGUCUUGUUAUGUUGAUUAACUCUUUGAGCCACAAGAAUGCUGUUUUCCUUUUGAUGGAGAGUGACCGCCUCAUCAAUAGCCUUCCCCAAGUGAAGUGGACAGAGCCAGCCGUGGCCUUGGCAUCUAGGCUACAGGAGGAAUGUGUAACGUUUAUUGUGGCAAACUUCCUACAUGUAGUACAAAGUGAAGGCUUUUCUACUCUGCUGCAGGCACAGGCCAUGAGCAGCAAACCUGACCUUCUAGAACUGAUUUUUAAUGCAAUUGAAGAAAGUAUUAAUAAUGAAAAUAGCUGCUUUCUCCUUGUAGCUGUGGAUACGUUGUUGGAGUCCACAAACGUGAAGGAGAUGGGUUUUACGUGCAAGAUCGAGGCGCUGCGUGAUAAGCUCUGGGUCUUCCUGGUUCAGUCUUUUUAUGCUGUUCGUCACACGGAAAGCUGGAAGCUGAUGAGGCCAGACCACCAACAGAAAAUACAAGCAGCUGCAUUUGACAAAGGUGAUGACCGAAGACUUGGCAAAAAACCUGUAUUCACUAGUUCUCAGCUAAACAAAUCUGUUACUGAAUCUGUUGGCAUAAGGAAUACUUCUUGGACAGAACACAGCAAGAAAGAUUGCUGGGGAGAUUCUUCCACUAAUCAGGAUAAAAUGAAAUCUGAUGGAUUAGGAGCAUCUGGACAUACAUCUAGCACCAAUAGAAACACUGUUAAUAAGGCUUCAAAGCAUGAGGAUGUAAAGGGGAAAGAUGGCAAAAAACUAGUUUCCAAGAUUACUAAGGAUUCAAAAGCUGGGGAAAAAGCUGCUUCACCAAAGGCUAGAGCUGUUAUAAAGACAAAAACAGAAAAUAAUGGAAAUGUGAAGGCUGAAAGCAUGCUCACCAAACAAGAGAUAGAAAAGACAUCAUCUGUAGGUGGCCAAAAAAAUUCAGGAAGCGGCAAAGGACUGAAGAACCAUGAAGGAAAAACUGCAGGUGCCAGACCUAAAGUGCUGACAGUAACUUCAAGCGUGCAGAUUAAAACAAAGCCAUUGAAAAAACCCACAGGGAAGGAAUCUCCCUCCUCAGCAACCGCGGCAGGAACUUCCAGCAAGUCACCAAACUCAAACACAGAUACCCAGGCUGCGAGUGAACAGACUGAGGAACCCAAAGAGGAGAAAUUGGUAGAGGAAGGGAAAAAACAGACUGUGAAAACAAAGUCAUGUGUGAAAACACCAAAUGGAGUCGCCAACAAAACCAAAAAGACUGAGCUUGAAGCUAAUGUCACCACAAGCAGUCUGGCCAAAAAAUCAACUGGAAAGGGUUGUACUGAACAAAAUGCACAAGCUGUUCUAAAGAAAAAAGUGAAUGUGAGUAGCAAUUCUGCAGCACAGCAAAAGGCUCAAAGCACACCUACCAAUUCUCCCAAGAACCAAGGACCUCAGGGGGAAUCACCAAAUUCACUGAAAUCAGGAAUGUCUCCAAAACAUAAUGAAGAAAAAACUGUAUUACAACAUCUGGUGCAGACAACACCCCCAGAAAAACACCCUUCAGCCAAGAAGAAGAGUGUUAAGCAGUCACAAACACCUGUAGCAAAAACCACUGCAAAACUAACAUCUAAAACUCCAGCUCCAUCAAAGCAUGCUGAGAUUACAAAUAGUAAAGACCCAAAACCAAAAACAGCUGGGCAAUCUGUAUUAAAAUCUCAGUCCUCUGCCCAAAAACAUUCCAGGAGUGAGUCUCCUGCUGUCCAGAAGAACAUGCACACCUCUGAGCACAGAAGUUCAGGACAGAAACUUGAGAAGAAUGUGGCUGAUGACGAUGAAUGCUGUUCUGCAAAGCAAAGUGAAGUUUUGAAACCUGUGAUGCAGAGUAACAGUGAAGAUAAACUGCUGACGCCCUGUCAAUCCAUUAAACAAAAUUUGCCAGAUCCCUCUGAAAAUGUGGAAAAUAAAAUACAAUCCAAAUCAUCUUCUCUAAUUACAGAAGAAACUAUUUCGCAACUGCACAUUUCACAGCAAAAUAGAAAGGAAGCAAGUCAAAUCUGUGGAGAUAAGACUGGAAUUAAACAGAUUGAACCUACAGAGAAAGAUGGUAAGACAGCUGAAGUUCCCUGUCAUGCACAGCCUUCCAAUGAUGGAUACUCAGAUUUUUCCAAGGAAACGAAUCAAAAAGCUACUGCUUCAGGAGAACUGGUGAAACAUUCAAAAGCAACAGAAGUCUUUACUGAACAAAGUGAUCCAUUAAACUCUCAAACAGGUCUUAACUAUGGUGAAAAUGCUUUACCAAGCUUUUCCAGAACCAUAACCAAUAAAGAGGAUGAGACACCAUCUCCUCAGAUUCACAUGGAGGAACUUCUUACAGCUGAUGAGCUGUGUGAUACAUCAGCCUUGACUGAAUACAAAUCAGUUUCAGCAGAUUUAGAUGAUGUUUCAGAAUGCUCCACAGAACAAAUAACAGAAAAAUAUUCACCUGGUUACACAGAGCCUACAGAUCCUACAGAAACGCCAGAAAACCAUGAAAAUACAGAAAUUCCCUUCGUGGACCACUGGAGUACUGGCGCACUAGAUCCAAAAGAGAGUCCUGAAUCAGAUACUGGCAGUGCAACCACAUCCUCUGAUGAUAUAAAGCCAAGAUCAGAAGAUUACGAUGCAGGAGGCUCUCAGGAUGAUGAAGGAUCCAAUGAAAGAGGCAUUUCUAAAUGCAGCACUAUGUUAUGCCACGAUUUUCUUGGAAGAAGCAGCAGUGACACAAGUACACCCGAGGAACUAAAAAUAUAUGACAGCAGCUUAAGAAUAGAAGUGAAAAUGAAAAAAGAGGGUUCUGAUCUCUUCCGUGUUAAUUCAACGAGUGAUGAUGAAAUACCAAGAAAAAGACCUGAAAUUUGGUCCCAUCAAGAAAGUGCAAGGACCAAUACUAGAGAAAGCAAAAGUUCCACUUUCAGUAACACACAGUUUACUCAGGAAGCAGACCAGGUUUCUUCUUCUGCUGAUGAAACAGAGGAUGACAGAUCUGAAGCAGAGAACGUUGCAGAAAACCUUCCUGCAUCGAAUGUUCCUACUCAGCAGUUCCAAGGAAUUGAUAACUUAGCUUUUGAAGAUGCAACAGAAAAUGAUGCUGCAAGUCAAGAGUUCCCUAAAACUAAGAACUUCAAACGAUCUGUUUUACUUUCCGUAGAUGAAUGUGAAGAACUGGGAUCUGAUGAUAGAGUGGACUCUCACACUUCACGUCAGCAUUCAAUAGAUUCUCUUACUCCUUCGGAAGUAUUUGACAGUGUUUCUCAAGAGCACCAUGGAAAUACUUUUUAUUCAAAACACUCACUGGAAAUUGAAGAUGGACUCCUGGAUUCCAAACAGCAUAAAGAGAGAGACAAUAAAUCAGAUGAAAGUCCUCUCCUACAUCCUCAUGGCACUGAAAUCCCAGGGAAGGGGGAUCAAGGUGUUUCAAUGACUGAACAAAAUUGCCCAGAGAAAGUAUGCUCAGCAGCUAGUCCGUGUCCAGGAGAAAAACAGAAAGCAAACAUGAAGAAUGAGGUGGCAAGUGAAUUUCACCAGUGCAAUAAAUACUUAGACAAUGAUGCAAAAUCUCAAGAAAGACCCUGUCAUUUGGAUCUUCAUCAGAGAGAAGCUAAUUCUGAUGUGCAGAAGAGCAGCUCUGCAAAACCUGUAGAAGCCAGUAAGAAUCAGCUACUGACUCAAGAAGGUCAAGUGAGAGACAGUCACCCAGCACCUACUGAAUGCGCUAAUACUGAUUUACUUCCAGGAGACAUAGAUGAGUAUGACACAAUGGCAAAAACCUGCAUGUAUGAGCAUCGGCCUUCAAAAACCCUUUCUCCAAUAUAUGAGAUGGAUGUUGGAGAAGCAAUUGAACAGAGGAUGGAUUCAGAAACAGCAGUUCUAGAUGUGGAUUUUGAAGAUCAGCAGUUUGCAGAACAGGACUGGACUCUUCUCAGGCAAUUGUUAUCCGAGCAGGACUCAAACAUCGGGUUCAAAAACUCUGUUCCUGAAGACCUUAACCUAGCACAAUGUCUCAUCAAUCAGACACUGUUUCUGGCACGAGAUGGUUCGAAUCCUCAGGGUACAUCACAAGUUGACACAUUCAGUAGGUGGACUGAACUCAUGUCUCCACUUGAUGAUUCUUCAGCAAGCAUUACAGUGGCAAGCUUUUCAUCUGAAGACUGUUCGUCCCCUCAAGGGGAAUGGACAAUUCUUGAACUGGAAACCCAUCAUUAAGGUGAACUCCAACCCAUUCCCCAAAUCUAUUUUUGAUGAGUUGUUUCCAUACAAUAAUGAUACCGCAUCAGUCAAGAACAAGCGAUUCUUGAUACUGAGGCAAUCUUUCUGAUAUUAUGAGGUAAAUAUGUUAAUUUAUAAUCUAGAUUUAAUUGCAAGUACAGUAAUUUUUCAAGACUUAAAUGUAUGUCUUUUCUAAAAAUGAACUUUGAGCAUGUAUUUUCUAGAACUGUUAGAAAAAUUAGAUUACAUGAAAGAAUCUUGGUUUCCACCUUCCCUUUUAUCUUCCUUUCUGACAUCUAAUCUUCUCAUUAAGCAAGAAUUUCAAGAUGACUGCACAAUUAGAGCUAUUCCCCUCCCUUUUUUUCCCCUCUUCUCUCUAUACGGUGACUUCAUUUUACAAUAAUAAAGAUUCAGAAUGGUUGUGUUGAAAGGUGAUGUGUGCCAACGCUGCUUUAAAUAAUGGAAAUAUAUACUUAUAUUCAAAGAAAACGUUUCAGUAUCAAUCUGCCUUGGGCCUUAUUAAUAGGAGCAGCUUGUUUCAUCUGUUUCUUCCAGAUUUGAUUUUUUGUAUUUUGGGUUUGCUUUGUUUAGAAGUUUCCAAUAAUUUUUUUUAAACUGUCUUUUCUUUAAAUACAAGACUUCAGAGGGUCUGUGCUACAGGAACAGCACUGUUUCUUUCUUAAAAAGGCACAUAUUAAAUAUUUGUAAUGGCAUAGUGCAUGUAGUGCAUGGUAGAAUGCUGCUCCUGUUAUAAAAAACAGCAUGUCUGGCAUCUCUAAAAGUGUAUCUCAGUCUGAAGUCCUGGUCAGUGCUACAUCACAAGUCUGAUACUGACUAGACUACAAUUACCUUCAGGCUUGAAUUCGUUACACUUGCACCCUUCUGGCACAGCCUAAGGCACAGCAAGAUUCUCAGGAAUUUGGUUUUGUUUGUUCUCAUAGGUGCUACAUUUUUUGAGGGGUAAUAGGAUUCUUGCAUCUUCAUUAAUACCUCUAUAGUGUAGCUUUUAUAUUCAGACUAAAUGUCAACAUAACCAUUCUUCUGACUAAGAGUGAAAUAGGAUAUACUUCUCAGUAUUGCUUAUUCUGCUGGGUUUGGCUAUUAAUUUGGAUGUGGAUGGGACUGUUUAUUAUCUUUUCUGAUUUGACAGGGGAAGGAGGGAAAAACUGUUUGUGAUUCCUACAAAGUCAGAACUUCUCCUGAAUCGUACAGGGUUUUUUCCCUGCAAAGGUUAGGCCCUCUAAGAUACCUGCAUUAUGGAAAUAUUAGGGCUUGCCUUUCACAGAGCUUAAACUCUAAACAGAAAGUAUUCUAUCUCCUCUUAGCCAUUAACAGAAGUGCCUUCAGAAGCGGGUGCUGCCAUACAGGCUGUAAAAGGCUACUAACACUUUUUUCUUGUGCACUUAGUUUUAACAACAUAAGCUGGCUGUAAGCACUGAUAAUAUGGUCAGUUUUGCAAGCUUUUGCACAAUUCCAACAGUGCAGCCCAGUUUUCUUUAGAAACUUCCUUUCUUUUUGCUCAUAGUCAGAAACUCUCAGUUCAGUGGAAAUAUGAAGUUGCCCCAGCAUAUGACUAAAGAAUUUAGAAUUUGUCUCAUCUUUGGACUUGACAUAAUAAAAGAGCUCUGAAGCAAAAUAAUUUAUCUAGAAAUCCACUUUGUUGAACUUCUGAUACAGAAGUAAAAGGAUGUUUUAUUUACCCCAAAAUAAAUGGAGGAAGAAUUUUCUCUCAUUCUUUAAUAUCGAAGCAGAGGAAGAAAAAAGAAAACCUUCCUUUCUGUUUAUGUCAGUGAAGAAUUAGAACUCUAAACUCAGGGAAGGAAGAUGUUCAGUCCCAUAAUAAAAAUCUUUCCCCUACUUUUUUAGCUUUUAGCAGCAUAAAUAAUCUGACAUAUUAUGAUUUAAAAUAUUUUAAAUGUAAUAUGCUGUAUUUACCCAAGUCUUCAUAGUGAUAGAGUAAGAAGAACCUUCAGAAGUGCAAAUCAUCAAGAAAAUCUAUUUUUCACAAGGUGUAUUGACAGUGGAUAAUCUUUUGAAUAAACAAAAGAACUCUAGUAUUAGCCAUACUAAAAGAAGCAACGCUAGAGAAGCUCUUACAGAAAGCUAAGGAAUGGUGUUUUCUCCAUUUCUGUGUAAAAGACUAGAGUACAAGUUGUUCACAUAAAGUUUAAUCAACAUUAAAAUCCUGAUGAUAUUCUGGUAGUGGGCAUUCACAUGUGAAACAAAAUGAAGUGAUGGAAAGGAGAUGAUAAAGGCUUAGGAAAAAUGACAGAAAGUGAAAGAAGGGUUCUUGUUGCCUUUUUUUUUAUCCAUAUUUUUAAUUUCUUACUGAAUUAAAAAAGUAAUACUGAGAAGUGGUGCAGAGAGUUCCUUGUCUGUAUGAAAUACAUGUGGGGGGGGUUAACUGUUUGGUUUUUUCUUUGCAUUUACUUUUCCAGUUGUAUGAAAAUUAAAUUAGCUUCUCUCUCUUCAAGUCCCCAGUGAUGCUGCUGCAAUUCCUUUAAUAGUUUUGCAGUAGCUCAGUGAUUAGGAUUUAGUGUAUUGUUCAGUUGGUCCAUAUGCAGCCAUAGAAUUCAGCUUCCCACAGCCUAAUAGUCUCUGUAGAAGUAGCAAGAAUAGAAAGCUGUAUUGUUUUUAAUUCGCGUUACCAGAGUGCCUGUGAGGCUUAAUCAGAGCAGCAUCCCAGUGGCUAGACAUUGUACAAACACAGAACAAAACCAGGCUUCCCGCAGAGCCUUUAUAAUCCAAGUUAAGACAAAAGACCAAAAAACAACAUGGAUGGAAAAAUAAAAUUAGUGUCAAUAUUUGUCUAGCUGAUUAGCAGUGGUUUCAGCACACCAUCAGUUUAAAUAUUGUCAUUUUCUUCUUUUGUGUGUGUUAUGAGCAGAGGAAGCUGGAGAGUGACAUUUGGAGGCUGGACAGUGAGGGAGCUGUAGGAAUCCAUAUUCCUGACCAGCCCUGUGUGCCAUCUAAACUCUAUUCCUGUCUGACCUCAUUCAGGAUGAGGUUCAAGCUUUAAGCAAGAUGCAGGUGGCUAUUGUUUUAAUAUCAGUCACUUCACUUCUCUCAAGUCCUACUUAUGCCUCCUGCCAGUGAUCUUGCCACUCUAUUGGCCUCUUCUCCAAAACAUGAGAGAAUGGACAGAUGUUUGUUUGAAAAUGGCAUAUAGAAACAAUCAAACCUAGUGCCGUAGACUCCACGGGAAUAGGGAUCAAGAGGUCCUACAUGACCUCUAAAGUAAAGACAAGGUAUGUACAUCUGAUGGAACAGUGAAAGGGCAUUAAUGAAGAAACUAAAGAAAUGGCAUAGUCAAACUAAUGUUUAAAUAUUUAGCUUGCAGUAGUACUUUGAAUAAGAAAAGUGGAAUUGCUUUGGCAAAGUCUGAGAAGACACUGUUGCAGUCAAGUGGCUAUACUGACAGCUUACAUGAGAUUCUUACAUGAAUGGGUGAAGAUGUCUGUAUCCUAGAGGUAGUAACAAGAAAGUUAUUGAAAUUUAGAGGACAGGACUCAGAAAUCAGAGUUUAGUAAGAUAAUGACCCUGGUUUUGCCACCCUGAAUGGUGUGUUAUGAAGGUGAGAAAUAAGGAAGGAUGUUUUAAAAGUAUGCAUUAAGUUUAAAAUAGGCUAGAUCUCCAAAAGGUGAUGUCAAUAGGCAUAAUUACUUCUUUUUGCUUGGAAAACUAGAGUCUAGUCUGGACUGGAAAAUCAACUUUGCAGGUUUUUCACAUAUAGAAGCUAGCUAAAAUAGUAUUUGUGGAAUAAAUCACCAACAGACAUAUUGCAGAGGGAAGAAAGAAUUAAAUGAAAGCCCAAAACCUGGAACCGUAUAGAAAACUCAGGAAAGUGGAGGUUCUUACAAAUGAUCUGCUCAAAAGAACAAUUAAGGAAGUAACGGAAAUAAACAAAAUGGUGACAGGAGUCAAAUGAGAAUGACAGGAUUAUCAGGAAAAAUGCACCACUGGCUUCACUGGUGGCCCACAAGACAGAUGAAUAUAAAACUGCACUUUUGAGGCUGGUUAAGAACAUGUUCUUAGGGACUGUGAUCAAAAUGAGAUACUGGCUUCCUGAGAGUGCAAGGCAGCCAGAUGACAGUUUGGUAGAGUAUGACAGAACUACAGGAAGAAAACUGAGCUUAACCAUUGAAAGAGAGGCAACAGUUAGAAAAGCACAUCAGUUAAUAAUGUUUUGGUUUUUAAGGGCAUGAGAUUAUGCCAUAUUUAUAAACUGUAGCAAAAGAAAUGAGACUGAGACCUAAAGACCAAGAGAGAUAAGUAUUCAUGAAAUGAGAUCAGCAGACAGUCUGGGCUGCUACAAGUGAUCAGAUAAGAGCAUAAGGAAAGACAAACGUCUGCUUUUGUGGUAGAGGUAGUGGAAAAGACAGUCCAUAUAUUCAUCAUUUUUCCUCUUAGAAAAACUUGUUGUAGAAUCAUAGAAUUACAGAACUAGAGAAACACAGUCUUGCACGGACCUCAAAAGUUCACUAGUCCAACUUCCUGCUAAAACCAGGGGUAACUUCAAAGUUAGACCAGGUUGCUAGGGCUUUACCAAGGUCCAUAGUGUGUAACAUGGUAAUAAAGUCAGCAGGCAGGAGCACAGUGCUCACAGGAAAUAGUUCUUAGAGAUAAAAAUACUCUCAUUAUAAUAAAACUACUUUGGGUAUUUUUGGAAUAUAUUAGUAAGGAAGUACAAGAAGUCUGGCUUGCUUGCAAUGUUUUGAAGUUCUAGAUGAUAUGUAACUGAACUGUACAUGUUUCAUAAUCUUAUUCCACACUUUUAAAGGGUUUUAAUUAUUUCAAAGUUACACUGAGCUUUUGAAUUUGCUAAUUUUAUUAUUUCAGAGGAACUAGUGGGUAAAAGAACUUCCCCUGUUUCUCACAAAACAUAGGAUCUGUUCCCCUAGCAUUGUCUAUCUGUUACUUUCAGGGAAUAUGUUCUAGGUACAGGCUGCAGGAGACUAUUUUAAAGCUUUGAAUAUAUAUUAUUACCAUCUAGAAAAUAAUUAGUAGCAUGCUCAUUCUACUUUGCUCCAGAAUAUCUACAUCUCUGCAUGAAGGAAUUAAGAACCGCUAUUAUGUUGUUCAUCUGUUGCUCAGAAUCAAGACAUUUAGGAAGUCAUUAUUUUGCUCCCACUGAUGUUGAAGGAAAAGCUCCUGUUGACCUCAGCUGAAGCAGGUUCAGGGCUUACCUACAUUAAACGCAUGUACUAGAAGCACUAUUUUUCCAUUUUAGCUAUUUCAUAGCUUUCUAGUUUUACUCUACUAAUAAUUCUAGAUGUGACAAAUUGCAGCUAGAAAGACUUCAAUUUAGGAGUCAUAAUUGUAUGCAUUCUGUUAAUAUUUCAUGACUGGGGUGAUUUAACAUUUUUACAUUGAUAAAUGACAUUCUUGCCAGGACUACAUGGGAAUGAGGACAAAAGAUAAAAUGAGAAGCACCAGCUUUGAUACAAUGGAUGAUUCCAUGGAAAUGUGCUUUUAGAUUUAUAAUCCAAUAUAAUUAUAAGCUUUCAUCUCUUGCAGAAAAACCAUACUGGUUUUCAGCUCUUGAACACAAGCUACAUAUGUUAUUUUUGAAAAAUAAGCUUUAAUGUGUUCAAUUUUGGAAAAAAUGCAGCUCAAAUACAUUCUUUGGCUAAUUUAAAACCAAGCUUCCUAUCAACGACUACCGUGUGUGUUUAUGGAAACUUAACCUGUAACGGAGGAAAACAAUUUAUACGAACAGUGGAUAUCAACUGGGGAAAAAUACUGGGUUUGAUAAUUUAGUUCUUUUUUUACCUUUGGUAACUAAUAAGUGAAGAAGCUAUAGAAGUACAUGUAUGCACACACACAUCUUUAUUUCUUGCAUUUGACCUUCCUUCUACACUUUGCUUUGCAAUCUAUACUGUGUAGUCAAUUAGGCCACAGUUCUGCAAACAAGUGAGCGAACCCACUUAAACAUUUGCAGAUGGACUUUCAGUUAAGAUUCCUUUUUCAGAAAGGGUAAUGGAACCAGCACUGGGGGCAGACACUGCAUACUUGGGUUAUUAUAUGGUACUCAACUUAAUGAGGUUCUAAUUCUGAUGAACCAUCUGGACGCAAUUAAAGUAUGAAAUAAUUAAUAACGGAAUUCCAUUAAGUUGCUUCCCUGUUCUCCUUAAUUUAUUGCUGAGUUCCCAGCUCAGAAGACAUUCAUUAGAGAAAUAAAAGUCCUAAGAAAUUUAACUUUCUGUAUUGUGUGCAACAAAAGAUCCUUUGCUAUUGCACAGUAAAAUAUGAAUGCUGAUCAGAUCUUCAAUAAAUGAAGCCUUAGUAUUGGGAAGUGGUGACUAUAGCUCAGUAACUAGGUAUAUUUAACAAGGACACUGAUGGUCAAAAUAGUACGUUAACAGAAGGUGAAUGUUAACUGCAAUAGAGUGAGUGCACCUUCUGGUAAACCUGAACAGAGGCUCACAUAUAGGGAUUUGGGGACUAAGUCCAAUUACCAAGGUAGUCCGUGAGAUUUUAUAUUUAUGCACACAAGUAAAAGUGACUUUUUCUCAGCUCCCACUGAAAUUAGUGCUAUCAGAUCCAUGUUUAUAAAAAUCAGGGUAUUUUUAAGUGUCUGAAGAGAAAGACUGGAAACCCACAUAAAAAUCAUGGCUCAUGUAACUUACUUUCUAACUGUAUAAGCCAGUUUUCAGAGUGCACUCACUAAAUUACUUAAAUCUACAACAUCCUCAUUUAUGCAAUCCUUAUUUAGUCGUUUGUGUGAUUUUCUUACACUUGUGCUUAAUGAAAUCAUUUUAGUUCUUCAUUUCUUUUCUUAUAACCCUCUUUGGAGUGUGGCAUAGCAUCCUGCCUCUCGGUAGAAUUAAAUUGAUGUGCUUAAGAUUAGUAUAAAUAGGAAAAAUCAUAUGUACAUGCCAGAUUCAGCGUAGGUAGCACAAAAACCUUUUGUUACCUUCGUAGAUUGAAGUAAUUUUCAUGUCCCUGAACAUGAGAUCUAGAAGACAAACUUCUUACCUGUAACAAAAUGUCACCCUGUAUCUUCAUGGUAGAGAAGGAAACUUCAUUCUCUAUUUUCUGGUUAUCGUGUUCUAGUAAUCAAGAUUAAUGCUGUAUAAGGGGACGCAUUUGGAGCAGAAUUUUGAGUCACUACCUGUAGUUCAUGGCUUUAUGGUCCUAGAAUAUUUUGACCGCUCAGUCUUUUGGAGGGUGAGGGGAAGGUGUUAAGCUCUCAAACUGAAUGCUUGCAUGUUUUCUACCUGCUUGCUUUUCAAACGUAAUUACCUGGGGCCUAAGUAACCAUAUUUCCAAAUAACUCCUUGUGAACAGUCUUCUGUUUCCAGAAUCUCUGUACGGUUGCAUAGUCCCACAAGCUUUCUUUCCCAUGCUACAUACUGAACAUUCUUAGUUGAUUUCUGUAUGACAGCAAUUAAUAAAUCCUACGUGUAACAAA